AUGCACUUAUUAUUAGAGACAAGUCCAGAAAGAAAAAGCCUAGAAGAAAUAGGGCGCAGCCUUAUAGAAAAGAAAAGUGUUGCAGUUCUGACCCUUGCAGGCGGAAGUGGGUCACGACUGGGAUAUGAGCACCCAAAGGGCACGUUUGUCCUUCCUACAAAGAAAAAGCCAGGCCGGUCUUUGUUCCAGAGACAAGCUGAGAAAAUAUUCAAAGCAGGCGCUCCUUGGGUUAUAAUGGUCUCGAAUGAAACCAAGGAUAAAACAAUUGAGCAUCUGCAAACAGUAGUUCUCCCAGAAUAUGAUAUGAAGGUCUUUCUAAUCGUCCAGGAAGAUAUUGAUGCACUUGAUAAAGAAACAAAGAAUCCUCUUCUCAACAUGAAGGGCGACCACAUACAGGUGCCAAAUGGAAACGGCUCGGUGUUCAAGACACUCAAAGCAAGCAGCUAUAUUGCAGUGGACAAAGACUCGGUUACGCCGCAGAGCAUGUCUCUUCUUUCUGCGCUCCCAGAUACUAGAUACUUCAACAUUAUAUCUAUAGACAAUGUGCUAGUUCGGAUUGCCGAUCCGGCCAUGGUAGGAUAUGCUCAGAAAUAUCUGCUGGAAGUAGUAAGUGCUGGAGUUCCUGAAAUGCCAAACAAAAAGAUGGGUGUGUUUGAGCUGAUCAAUGGAAGAAUAGAAGUGACAGAGUACACAUCAGAGGAAAAGAGGGGCCUGCCGCUAGUAAAUUCAGAUGAAAAGAAUUUGGCAAACAUAGCAAACCACCUAGUAGCCAAGGAGUGUAUUGAAAGAAUGAACCCCGAGGAAAUCCCAUACCAUGAGGCUAUAAAGAAAAUACCGCAUGCUGGCGACCCAAGCCCAAGCGCUCCAAAUGCAAUUAAAAGAGAGCUGUUCAUAUUUGACGGGUUUCGGCUGGCGAACUCCCACGGGGUGAUCGAGUAUGGAUGCAACUCAUACGAGGGGCUUAAAAACAAAGAGGGCGAAAGCGAUAGCAUAGAGACAUGCACACGAGCAGUCGAUGAAGAAUAA